AUGGCGCUGUUGAACUUCUCUUUGCUUCGGCGUUGUCUGUCACAGAGUCGUCUCAGUUUAACUGCCAUCACCAACCUGUCAACAGCGCUGGCUGAGGGACGGACGAUAACGCUGGAUCUUUCACAUUCCACACUGAAAAAAGAGUCGGUCAAAACCCUCUGCCAUGCACUCACGCUCUCCACGCUGGAGUCGCUCAACUUGUGUGGAUGCUCAUUGACUACAGCUGAUUGUGAAGCUCUGGCUCAGAUGCUCUCUGGAGGCUCACGGCUGCGUGUGCUCAAUCUGUGUGGGAAUAAUCUGGAGGAUCAAGGCCUUAUUCACCUCAGCAGUGCCCUGGAAAACUGCAGACUACAAGAAAUCAAUCUGGAUUUAUGCUCACUGACGGCGGCAUCCAUGCCUGCGCUGUCUUCAGCUCUGAACAGCGGCUUUUCAGAGCUGAGGAAGCUAAGCCUGAGCCGGAACGCAGUGAUGGAUGAUGGGAUAGAGCUGAUCUCACGAGUGUUACAGAAAGGCAGCCUCAACACAUUGAAUGUGUCUGACUGUGAGUUGACUGGCUCCUGCUGCUCCUCUCUAGCAGCUGCCCUCCAAUCAGAAAACUGCCGUCUGACUGAGCUGGAUCUGUCCGUAAAUGAUCUUGGCCAAUCAGGAGCGAUGCAGAUAUGUGAAGUGCUGAUGACUCCUAAAUGCACACUGGAAAUACUGGAAAUGAGUAGAUGUGAGCUGACCAAGGAGGUGUUUCGAGCACUGGGGAGUAUUUUGACGUCUGGCGUUUCAAAGCUCGUCAGUCUCUCGGUAGGCCUGAACGAUGUGGGCGAAACUGCAGUCAAACACAUUUGGGAGGCGCUGAGACACAAACACUGCAAACUACAGCACCUGGAUCUGGAGAUGUUGUCGCUCACAGACACUUGCGUCGAGGAGUUAUGUGAAUCUGUUGCUGCCAGCAGCACUUUAUCAACUCUCAUUCUAAAGAACAACAUAAUGACCGACUCCUCCGUACCACGAUUGGUCAAAUUAAUGCUGGACCAUCCUCUAAUGACCGAGCUAAAUCUGAGGUAUAAUGACUUCAGUGAAGAUGUUUUUGAGUUGAUGGACACAUGCCAAAAUAUUGUUUAUUAGAGAAGCACAUCUCAGGUUGGAUGACAGUUGCAUGCUUCAGGUAUAAACAAAUGCUAUUAUUAAUGCAUAUUCUAUUCUGUUUAUUCCUUAAGACCAAGAGACAAAGUGACUCCCUCUAAUGGCCUUUUUACAGACAGUUUUAUACAGUGGCCCCAAAAAGUAUGAAUGUCUUUGCA